ACUAAUAAUCGAUCAAGUUUAUCACGUGAUAUGAAGUUUUUUCUGAAUAAUAAUUAUAUCUCUCCUUGUUUAUUUCACACACGUUUCUAGUCAAAAAACGAUAAGUUCUUUUGAUUUCGAAAUGAAUAGUAGUUCAUUAAUUUGAUGAUAUUCAUUUCAUCAUCAAUAUUAUUAAUUAUCAAUUGCAAUAUACAAUAUUUAUAAUUAACUCAUACGAAUAGAACGUGGCAUUUGACAAACGUUCUUUGAAUUCUAUGAUGCAGAAAAUAUGAAAUUUAAAAAUAAAUUCUAUAUACCUAAGUUAAACAUUAAAAAUAAUUUCGAAAUAUAUUUUUAAAAGUAACGAUUCCGCUUUAUGCAGAAUUGGUUAAAGGCUGGCAACUUAAAGAGGAAUCGAAUAUCAAAUGCAUAUAUAAAAAAUGAACGUGACAGACAAUAUGUUUGGAACAUCAGCUCCCGUGCCCAAGUGUGAUCGAUAUUAUACAGAUCAUCACAAUAGAACCAGCUUUAUUAUAAAAGGUUAUGAAGGCAUUCCAGAGAAUUUAGUGAUGAAUGUUUCAAUUUGGCUGAUUUUACUAAUUUUAUUCUCAUUUCUCCGAAAACUUGCAUGGGAUUAUGGAAGGAUUGCAUUAAUUAGUCGAAAUGAAUCAAGAGAAUUACUACCAUAUGAAUCGAGAUAUAAUGUGUGGACUUCUCUAUUCUACGGGAAUAGAGAUAACACAGAUGGAUGGACGUCGGAAAUAUCUAUUGAUCAAAGUUUACAAAACCAAGAUAAGGGAUUUUGCUCGUGGAUAGUAGCUUUCUUUAAAAUAACUGAUGAGCAUAUUCUUCAAAAAUCUGGAAGGGACGCUAUUCAAUAUCUUAAAUUUCAACGUUAUCUGAUUAUAUUUACAACAAUUAUUACUGCAUUUUGUAUUGGCGUUGUACUUCCCAUCAAUUUUAAGGGAACAUUAGAACGCGAUCGACAAUCAUUUGGAUUUUCCACUAUGAGUAAUUUAGAUGUGUCGUCGCCUCUGCUUUGGGUUCACGCAACGGGAGCUAUUGCCUAUCUCUGUAUUGCUAUUUUGCUGAUGCGACACUUUACAUCCAAAUUGAGACAUGAAGAUAUCGAUGGUCAUGUAACAAGAACAGUCAUGAUAAUGAAUAUUCCAUCUCAGCAUUGCUUUAAAACAACGAUUAUGGAACAUUUUCAACAAGCUUAUCCAGAUACGAGAGUAGAAGAUGUUCAGUUUGCGUACAACAUAACCCAACUAGUUGCGUUGGAUAAAAAGAAGCAAAGAGCGUUUGAAGGAUUAAAUAAUUCUCAAAUUAUUUUGCAAAAAACUGGCGAAAGGCCAACAAUGUUACCAUUCGUUUGUGGACAUUGUUGCAAAUGUUGCACGUGUUGUGGUUGUAAACACGUAGAUGCUAUUGAUUACUAUUCAAGCAAACUUGAAAAAUAUAGGGAUGAAGUAGAUAGCGAAAAAGUACACGCUUUUCGAGAUCCUUUGGGAAUAGCUUUUGUGACUUUUGAAGAGGAAAACGCCGCAUUAAGUGUUCGAAAUGAUUUUAAACGAUCCUGCCGAGGUCACGUUCCUAGUCCUUCAACAAAUAGUUUCGAGUUAAACGUAGCUAAUUGGGAAGUUGAACACGCCCCAGCACCCGAUAAUAUCUAUUGGGAAAAUCUUUCAAUUUCUCCUGCCAUCUGGUGGUCAAAAGCAUUUUUUAUCAAUGCUCUACUAUUUAUACUAUUAUUUUUUCUAACAACUCCAUCAAUUGUCCUAAAUUUAUUAAAUGAAGGGAAUUAUUACAAAAGUGCGUUGGAUAAACUUCACAGUCAUCUACUUGCUCAAUUUAUACCUACUCUAAUUCUAUGGUUAGCAUCAGCUCUCUUACCGUCUUUGGUGUAUAAUUCCGAUCAAUUGAUUGGACAUUGGACAAGAUCGGCUGAACAUCAUGCGGUUAUGAGAAAGACAUUUCUUUUCCUUGUUUUAAUGGUUUUAAUAUUACCAUCUCUCGGCUUAACAAGCGCAAAAGCUCUAUUUGACUAUUUUGCUUCGAAGGACGAAAAAACUAUUACUUUUAAAUGGGAAUGUAUUUUUAUUCCUGACAAUGGAGCAUUUUUUGUAAAUUAUGUAAUAACGUCAGCAUUUAUUGGAACAGCAGCGGAAAUAAUAAGAUUUCCAGAGUUGUUUAUCUAUACUAUGAAACUAUUAUUUGCUAAAUCGGCUGCAGAGCGUACUUCAGUAAGAAAGUCAGUUGUAUGGGAAUUUCAAUUUGGAGUGCAAUACGCUUGGAUGUUGUGCGUAUUUACAGUCGUUGUAUCUUACAGCCUUCUAUGUCCACUUAUAACUCCUUUUGGUUUGGUUUAUAUGAUAUUCAAACAUGCCGUUGAUAGAUAUAAUAUCUAUUUUGCUUAUGGACCUUCAAAAAUUGACAAGCACGUGCAUUCUAGUGCCAUCAACUUCGUUAUCAUUGCCGUCAGCUUUGCCCAAGCUAUCCUUGUCUUUUUCAUCAUUGUACGCUCCGGAGGAGUGCAGAAAUCUAGCAAUGUUCAAAUUUUGUCUCUAUUUGCAACUGUCGCCCUAUUUCUUACUAUAACUUUAUUUUUGGGUAGAGUUUGCCUUGGAUGGUUCAAGGUGAUCAGUCCAAUGGCGUAUAAGAGAACUGAUUCUCCUAGACGCUCCCCCACUCCGGAAGAAACAUCUAAACCUUUUAUACCAAACAUUCUCCUCCACGAAGAUGAUGUAGAACAAAACGUUGGAACUUCUUACGGAUCAACCAAUCCUGUUAUACCAAUAGUCAACUCCGAAAGUAAUCAAGAGCAGCAGCAAUAGUGCUAAUUGCAAUACAGCAGACUUUUAAGUGUACAUAAUACAGCGAAACAUUCAAAUAUAAUUAUUACAAAUAUUUUGUAUAUAAAUUAAUUUAAAGGUAACACUUGUUUUCCAUUACUAUCAAAAAGAUUAUUGUAAAUUGGGCAAUUCGAUUUAAAUUUCCCUUCACAUAAAUUGACCUCUCUUUACUGAUUCUUCUUUAAAACUAGGAACAUUUUCUAUAACUGCUGAAUGAAAUCUUGAUAGCAUUUCUUGAGCCGACCAUCUCGGACUAUGUGGAUACUGUUCAAUUUUUUUCGAAUAGAUCGAUUUAACGUCUUUGUUUCGAUGAAAUAUUGACUUUAAAUAGCAUGCAGGAGAAUCAACGGGAAAGGAUAAGGGUAAUUUUAAUUGAACUGUAAACAUAAAAUCAUUCCAUGUAAGGAGUACAGUUAUUACUUCAUCGUUCAUUUCUAUAAGACUCUCCCUAUAUUUUUCUCUGAACUGAAGGAAAAAUUCAAUUUUCGUUCUCUUCUGAUUAACACCAUUUUGUAAAGUAGUUUUCAAGGCUUCUAUAAUUACAGGAACAUAGUCCGCGAGCGAUGUUCUUAUAGAAUAGGGGGGUAUCUGUAGUCUUCGUAUUCCGCCGAUAAUAUCUUCAAGGUUUUCAGACAACAAAAGGUCAGGCUGUACUUUCUCAGGUUCUCUACCUCGAAAUGUAACCGUUAGUUUGGCAGUGAAUCGGUUAUUACUUUUAUCCUUCGUGAAAGCCUUAACGUAAGUUGUUACAUUUAAGUUUAUGUGAAAUACAUAGGGUCCAUUAUCAUUUUGGCAAAAAACCUCUAUAUCUGAGGGUCCGAUACAUCUAUUUUUCAUCAAGAGUUCGUAUUCUCUUCUCAUUCUUUCAUUUGAAUUUAACUUUUCAACUUGAUAUUUUUGAUAUUGGCGGUAGAGAUCUAAUAAUAAUUCUACAAAUGCUGAGUGAUCGUUCUUAUCCCAAUGUGUAAUAGAUUUCAUUUCAUUCAAGUCGGGCAAAAAAUUUUCGUCAUCCUGGGGAAAAAUUUCGGGUGGAUAUUCUUGUACAUCUUGAUUAUUGAACUUGAUCAUAAAUUUCUUUUGAACUUUUUCAACAUAGCUAAAUUUGAUUGUAUAUUCGUCAUAAGCUGAUGAUUUGCGAGAAGCUUUUCGGAGAGCAAUCUCAAAAAUCUUCUCUGACAUCGGAUUUUUAUUGUGAUCUAAUAGUUCUGUAAUAUAUACCUCCUUGGUCGUCAUUCUUGUGAGAUUGUCACUUUUAAAAAAUAAUCAUAUAAAUGAUAAACAAGGAAAGGAAAACACGAAUUUAGGAUUUGUUUUUCCGGUUCCGGUUAUAAAUUUAUAAAUAAAAAAAUUACUCUUUUAAUUAAUAAAAAAGCUUCCAAAUAUCCUUGAAUAUUGUAAUUUUUUCAAUGCAUCACUAAUUCUAU